GAGGCGGCGCAUCCUUCCCUCAGUUUGACAUGAACAUCGGAGCGGUGAGCCCGUACCGCUCGCUCCGCCAGUGCAGUGUGUGACUUACCUUGGGGGCGAGAUUUAAAAGCCAGAUUGGACCAUGAGCGAAAGGUUUAAAGUCUCCUCGGUGGGGGAUGGGGGGCCGCAGACCAACUAUGGAUCUAUGGAGGUGGAAGACAUGGAUGGUAAGGUUGGCAAUGACCCGCAGAUCUCCGCGCCAGGCAGUGUUGGUGGUGAUGGUGGUAGUGGUGGUGGUGGUGACUGCGACCCGGCGGUUACUCUCCCUUUCAGCAUGCCCAACGACACAAUUGGUUUAAUACCUGAGAGAAAAACGAGUGGGAAGAACUCUGCUGGAAAACGGAAAGGAAUACUGAAGAACAAAAGGAGGAGAAAGAGUGGCGAUCCUGUUACGCCAUCUUGUACAACACCACUUUGUCAGGACGGCGCUGACGACAAGCCCUUCAUGGUGGAUAUGAAAGAGAUGAGUGGCUACGAGAAAAACCUCUAUCUCUACUCGGAGGAGAUGGCGGACAGGCCCCGGGUAUCAAUGAUGAUCAACUCCUUGGCAAAUUACAACGCCACCAUCCCGUCUGCCGAGGAGAGCGACAACAAGCCGCAGAAGGCGAAGGCUAACUUGGGCACACUGAUGGGGGUGUUCCUGCCCUGCAUUCAGAACAUCUUCGGAGUUAUCCUCUUCAUCCGCAUGCCCUGGAUCGUGGGGACGGCUGGGGGUGCCCUGGCCUUCACCAUCGUGUUUAUGUGCUGUUGUACGACCUUCCUUACUGGUAUCUCUAUGUCUGCCAUCGCUACAAAUGGAGUGGUGCCUGCCGGAGGUUCUUAUUUUAUGAUCUCUCGCUCCCUGGGGCCUGAGUUUGGUGGGGCUGUGGGGCUGCUCUUCUACACCGCCACCACUGUUGCUGCUGCCAUGUACAUCAUUGGUGCUGUGGAGAUAUUGCUGACGUACAUGGCGCCUAGCAUCUCCAUCUUCGGCGACUUCACCAAGGAUCCGAGUAUCAUGUACAACAACUUCCGUGUGUUCGGCACCAUCCUGCUGUGGAUCAUGUGUACCAUCGUCAGCAUCGGCGUGGCCUUCGUCAGCAAGUUCGCUGCAGUAGCACUGGCCUGCGUCAUCGGCUCCAUCAUCGCCAUCCUCGUCGGUAUCUUCUACAACAUUAAUGGAUCCGACAAGAUGCAAAUGUGUCUCCUGGGGGCUCGGCUGCUCACCCAAGUGUCAAACUGCACAAAGGAACCUGGUGGCCCUCUUUGGAACAUCUACUGUGUCAAGGAGAACAACACUAUUGCUGAGAAUAUCGAGGACUGCGACAUGUACUUCCAGACCCACAACGUGUCCGAGAAGAGAGCCAUUGUGGGCCUUGCGUCUGGGAUGUUUACUUCCAAUCUGGGGCCACACUUUGGAAAGAAUGGGCAAAUCGUGGCCAACUCUGACGACCCAGAUGAUUAUGAGUCGCUGAACAACCCGACUUACAACCAGGUCAUCAUCGACAUCACCACCUCCUUCACGGUGUUGGUUGGCAUCUUCUUCCCCUCAUGCACUGGUAUCAUGGCCGGGAGCAACAGGUCCGGUGAUUUGGCCGACGCGCAGAAGAGUAUUCCCAUUGGUACUUUGGCUGCCAUCUGUACUACCUCCUUCGUGUAUCUCUCCUACCUCCUCCUGUUCGCCGGCUCCUACGACAUCCUGCUUAUGCGUGACAAGUUCGGCUACAGUGUUGGGGGUCGCCUGGCCAUUGCAGCGAUAUCAUGGCCAAAUGAGUGGGUCAUCCUGGUGGGAUCACUGCUCUCCACCAUCGGGGCAGGGCUGCAGUCACUCACUGGCGCCCCAAGACUCAUGCAAGCCAUCAGCAAGGACAACAUUAUCCCAUUCCUGUCGCCAUUCAGUGUGUCAUCAGCACGUGGGGAGCCUCUGCGGGCCCUCCUGAUUACCGGAUGCAUCUGUCAGCUGGCCAUCCUUAUCGGCAACCUGGACUACAUCGCCCCCAUUCUGUCCAUGUUCUUCCUCAUGUGUUACGGCUUCGUCAACCUUGCCUGUGCCCUCCAGACUCUCCUGCGCACCCCCAACUGGCGGCCGCGCUUCAAAUAUUACCACUGGUCCCUGUCAUUCGUGGGGCUGUCACUCUGCAUCACGGUAAUGUUCAUGACAUCCUGGUACUAUGCCCUGCUGGCCAUGCUCAUCGCCGGCAUUAUUUACAAGUACAUUGAGUUCCGAGGCGCAGAGAAGGAGUGGGGAGACGGCAUCCGUGGUCUGGCCCUCUCUGCUGCACGCUACUCCCUGCUCAGGCUAGAGGAAGGCCCUCCACACACCAAGAACUGGCGUCCACAGAUUCUGAUCCUUUCCAAGCUAACCAAGGACCUUGUGCCCAAGUACAAGAAGCUGUUCACCUUUGCCUCGCAGCUCAAAGCCGGCAAGGGACUCACCAUCGCUGUGUCUGUCAUCGAGGGAGAGUACGCGAAGAGUUAUGGGGAGUCACACGCAGCCAAGCAGAGUCUUCGCCGUGCCAUGAAUGAGGAGAGAGUGAAGGGCUUUGUGGACACUCUCAUUGCCAAGAACAUCACCGAGGGAAUUAGCCACAUCAUCCAGACGUGCGGGUUGGGCGGCAUGAAGCCAAACACCGUCAUCCUGGGCUGGCCGUACGGGUGGCGUCACUCCCCAGACGAGAGGUCAUGGCGCGUGUUCCUGGACACUGUGCGUAAUGUGUCGGCUGCCAAGAUGGCCCUGCUCGUCCCCAAGGGCAUCAACUUCUACCCUGAUUCCAUGUCCAAAGUAUCCGGCACCAUUGAUAUCUGGUGGAUUGUGCAUGACGGCGGCCUGCUGAUGUUGCUUCCCUUCCUGCUGCGCCAACACAAGGUUUGGAAGAACUGCAAGAUGAGAAUAUUCACAGUGGCUCAGCUUGAAGACAACAGCAUCCAGAUGAAGAAGGACCUCAAGACUUUCCUGUACCACCUCCGCAUUGAGGCCGAGGUGGACGUGGUGGAGCUGAUGGACAGCGACAUUCAGACAUACACCUACGAGCGGACAUUGAUGAUGGAGCAACGUACACAAAUGCUUAAAGAACUCAGACUCAACAGGAAGGAGAAGCUGAACAUAUCGGAGCUAGGGUUUGAGGCUGCCGACAUUGAGGACAAGCUUCCUUUGAUUGAGCCCAAUAACAUCAGGGUGCAGGCCAUCGUGGACCACCACCACCCAACCGGGGAACACUCCGCCAGCAAGGUGCGCUUCAAGGAGAACGAGCCGGCCGUGGACUCGGAUGCAGAGGCGGAAAUGAGCGGCACGUCGGAAGACACUGAGAAGAAGAGCAAGAACGAAUGCUUCAAGAAACUACUGACACUCAAACCGGACGAGGCCAACGUGAGGAGGAUGCAUACGGCCGUCAAGCUGAACGAGGUGAUUGUCAACAAGUCCCACAAUGCUCAGCUGGUCAUCAUCAACCUUCCCGGUCCGCCCAAGACGUCCCGCCCAGAGUCCGAGAGCAACUAUAUGGAGUUUCUGGAGGUGCUGACGGAGGGCCUGGAGCGGGUGCUGAUGGUGCGGGGCGGCGGCAGGGAGGUCAUCACCAUCUACUCCUGAGUGGCGUGGUGGUGCGGAGUGGUGGUGGUGGCGGCGGUGGUGUCACGAGUCACAUUCCACACACGCGAUGGUUCUUGGUUGUGUGGUGUGGUGUUGGUGGUGAGUGGUGGCGGUGGUGAUGGUGCAUCCUCCCCCGCCACACUCACCUGAGGCAAGGAGAGUAGUGAGAGGCUGGGCUUGUUGACGUGUGUGAUGUAGUGUGGUGUGGUGUGAGGUAGGCAGGUGGUGUGUGUCUGAGUGUCUGUCAGUGGGUGCCAGUGGUAAUGCCAAAUAUACCUGUUUUCCAAUGCUGUGUUGUGGCUGCGGUGUGCCAGUGAGGGUCCGCAUCUCCAUGCCGGGUGCCAACCGCUGGGACCCUCCCUGGCCCCCGCAGCAGUACCUGGCACUCCCUGGGACCAGUUGGCAUCCUGGACUGGGUUGUGCUGUUGUGCAGACCUGGCCACCGGUGACUGGUGACUGGUGGCAGGUCUAUAAGCUGUGUACAUAAAAAGUUAUGUGAUUAGUGUUCCAAAGGUACAAUGAGUGAUGAAAUCUUUAAUAUAUAUACAUACGUACAUAUACAUUUAUAUAUAUAUAUAUAUAUAUAUAUAUAUAUAUAUAUAUAUAUAUAUAUAUAUAUAUAUAUAUAUAUAUAUAUAUAUAUAUAUAUAUAUAUACUUAUGAUUUAUUUUAGCUUAGAUUAGAAAAGUUGCAAAGUUAUGCUUGGUAUUUUUUUCCACUAUUUAUACGUUGGGUUGGUGUGAACGCUCCGGCGAGUUGUGUAGUCACAAUACUCAACUUUCAAAUGAUGCAGUGAUGGUGUGAUGGUGUCCUCAGACAGUGACGUGCUGUGACACCCUAACUCAGGACACAGAAGCAGCGGCAGCAGCAGCAGUGACAGGCAGCUACGAGGCAGUGACGCGUGUGUGGGCGGAACACUUGUUGUGCUGCUCAGCCAGACUCCGCCCGCUGCCGUGAGACUGGCAGCACACUCCCAGGUGUGGAGGCGUCCUGCCGCACACCGGGUGGCGGCAGCAGCGGCUCAGUGGCGGGCGGCACGCCCACGCCCCGGCCACUGGAGGCAGCUGCCGUGACACCAUUCUGUGCUGCCUGCGUCAAGUUCAGCUACUUAGGAGGUCUUAGUUGUGAUUGUAGUAUAUUAAGUUCAUUGUCAGUGUAAGAAGAAAGUCUCUAAUGAUUACUGUUGACUAAUAUUAGCCCACAAAGCAAAUAAAAUAGAAGACCAAAUGCCAUGUGAUACUUUCUGAACAGCUCACAAUGUCGCAGCGUCACCCGGACGGAUGGAACGGUGCCGCGCUCUGUCCGGGCGAGUGUGUCCCAUGGCACACCCGGCAGUGUCUCAGGGCAAUGACGACAACAACAACAACAAACAACAACAACAACAACAACAACAACAACAAGCCAUCACUCACUCAACACCCCAAGCUCUUUAUCCUAUUCCUGUGUGUUGCCUCCUCUUCACCCUUGUUCUGGUAAAGGCAUUUGUGCUGCUAACUCUAAGUGUCUCAGCUACAGUAGUUCACAAGCUCAUCAGUGUUGCUUCUUUCCUUUCAUUCCUUUUGAGUGUUUCGCCUUCCAGCCAUUGAAAUCAAAGCCGUUCUCACGUCACGCCUGGGAAUGUCUGGCCCGGCUUCCCGGUCCUGGCGGUGCAGCGCCACACAAAUGUGAGUGAGCUUCCACGCCGGCCGGUGGCGUCCCGAGUGCGCCAGCCACACCCUGAGAGGCUCGGCGCUCUCCUUGUCUCGGUGGACACGCCAGACACUGCACUUGUUUUGUUGCUCCUGAGAUGAGUCCAGAUUUCCAUGGUAACUUUAGGCUGAUAGAUGCAGAUGUGUGUGCUUGAGUAGCCCGGUCCGUUCCUUACGUUCAGCGAGUCGCUUUCACCUUUCCCGUAGCCGGCCAGCGAGAGGUAGCGUGCGUGAGGCCGGCGCUGGUCUCUGUGGCGGCCGCAGCAGGUCCAGGGCGGCUGUGGCGGCGCCGACAGAAGGCCAGCGUUGCGUCAGCUCACGUUUGUUAAUAAUGGACAAUCAAGCUAAACAUUUUCCUUUUGUUUUGGUGUUUUCUCACAAGUUUUAGGCUGAACUGUUCAAGUUGUAGGCUAAGAAUUCCCUCGCAGACUUAUUUACAUAGAGUAGGAAUUCUUUGUUGAUUUACAUGACAAUAUUGCCAAGAGUUUAGACCCUCCUCCCUCAACUAGCAACUCUCACAGUAACCUUUCCAAUAGUUGUAAUUGUAAAAGAGUUACACGACAAUAUUACUAAGGCAUUAAGUCCCUGUAGCUGACAUUUUUAUAAAGUCUCCUUUCACACAUAAACACACACACACACACACACACACACACACACACACACACACACACACACACACACACACAUGCACACACACAAGGAAACAUGUCCAGUAACAACUUUUGGUUUUCCUGCAGGUGUUAGAAAGAUCCUGUGACAGAGGAGACCAGCUUUCUAGGAAGGCCUCAGAAUAUUUACAAAACCUCCCUGCCACCAGGUGAGGACAGACAGACCGAGGUACAACAGUCUUCAAAACACUUCAAGCAUCACAGACCAUACACAGUUCAAAAACACAAAACUUCUAUGGUAGACUGUAAAAAAAAAAAGAGAUUUGUCUUUUGACCAACAUCUGUAAGAAAAAUUGUUCAAAUGUAAACAUUCACAUAGCAAACAGACUCAAAGAAAUGGUUCAAAUACAAGAAAAAAAAGUUCUGAUAUAAAUGCAAACAGAUUUUUUGAGUGUAUAAAUACUCUUCAAUACUUUCAAAAACUUAUAGAAUUCUUUUGAGAUGCUUCUAGGUGUGUAUCUACCACCAGCCAAUUUUAUUACACUAGUGUGACUCUUUUACCGGCGCACUGGCUAGUUGUGAGGCGUCUGUCACCUUCUACUGGCAGCACGCAACCCUUCAUGACCACAGCGAGUCUGAAGUGACAAGCAGUGUGUGGGGCUGCAGGGGUGCUGUGUGGAGACUUAGGGGCUGUGGUGGUAAGAUCAAAAAAGCGUGUUUGGUGAUGCACACUCCCUCCAUCACCACCUCCCAGCCCAGCGUAGUGGUAAGCACACUUUGUACUCCCUUCCCUCCCUUGUAGGUCCUCGCCGCCCCUGGUCGGCUGCCACACACAAUGCACAGACACAAAGCUCUGUCUAUGGGUUUAAAAGCAUUACCCUCUUGGAAAGUCACUCCUGGAUCUUGUUCUGUUAAAAAGUUGUUUGUGGAACUGGGAAAAAAAUUAGUAUUUGUGGUGCAUUUAUUAGGAAAUUAACCAAAAAAUAGCUUCAUUUGAAUACCACAGAUUUGAGAGUUGCAUCUGGCCGUUGUCUCAUUACGAUCACUUGUGCAGCUGUGUAAAAUUACCCGUCAUUAAUACUUGCAAUCUGAAAAGUUAAUUCAUCCCUUCUUAUGUUCAUCGUAAACCACUGAAAAAAAAAAUAUCAAGGAUCCUUAACACAACCAAACGUAAGAAUAAGUGUACUGACAAGAAUCAUCCUGCCGGUGUGCCCUUGGGAGUAACAUUGCAGCAACCCAGCCAGUGUGUUACAGGGGCACCGUUCCCUGGAGUGCCGUGAGGGAGGGUGCCAAGGGUUUACACUGGCACUCACCCACACCCCAGCCCUGACACAAGCUGAGUGGAGUCUUGUCUAUGGCAGGCUUUGUGCUGUAAUGUUUUCCCUUCUGUCGGCACACGCACACACAAGCCCGGCACUCACACAGAUGCAAGCUCAUUGUAGUGUCUGUCGGAGGGUUUGUGCUGCAACAUUUUCUCUUUGUAUAAACUGAACGUCGAUGGGAAAAAUGGCACGGAUUUGUUACAAGUGAGGAGAGGUGACUUCCUUCUUUUCUGGUGGUGUGUGUGGAGGAGCAAGCCCUGUCUUUGUCUACUACUUUGUACUGCUACACACAAGGGAACAGGAGGCCACGUAAACUUGUGUAAAAAGAAAACGAGGUACCGAAAACUUGAAACCGAUGUAUUUAAGUAACCGUUUUUUGUAAAUAGCAUCGCAGCAGCAGCAGUGUCGUCCGCCACCGCCGCCACCACCGCCCACACACCCUUCUCAGUGAGGCCGUGGCGGGGGCGCUGGCGGCACGACUCAGACUAAUACCGGCAGAAUGUAGGAUCGUGAGGUGUUUGUUAGGCAAGUGUUUCCAAUAUUUCCAAAUGGCUCAACUUUUGGUCUUGAUGGCUGAAGAGUGAAGGUGGUUCCCAGGACACAGCGUCACCUCAAAAGUCACCAGUCAGACUCACUAAACUCGUGUCUCAUGUUGCCCUAAAGUAAAUUUUUCCCCUUGCUCUGUUCAUCACUGCUCCUCUCCUCUCUCUAUAAUAAGCAAGUCAAGUUUUACAGUAAAGAAGAAGGCUUGGAAUCUGUCUCUGGCCCACCCAUUCUCUCCAUCAAGGAAGAAAAGGUUUAAAAUUUUGUCUCUCUAACAAGGAACAAGAAAUGAUGCUAAGGAGGAAGAAAAGAACAGAAUUAAACUGGUCAAAAAGAGAGGUUUUAAAUUGUCUCUGUAACAAGGAAGGGAAGACAAACUCUGUAUCUGCUGUCAGAGAGGAAGAGGAAGAAAUUUAACACCUAUCUGAAGCCUUCCUCUCUUCUCUAUGCCUGGGAGGAAGAAAAGAUAAAAUUUAAGUCCUGAUCAAGAAAAGAGGUUUACAAUUUUAUGUGUAAUAAAAAAGCUAUGCAAAUUAUAACUACUGUAUCAAAAAGGAAGAAAAAAGAUAUAUUAAUUUCAUCUAGUCUUCCUCUCUUCCCUGUACCAAGGAGGAAGAAAAAAAAAAAGAAAUUAAACUCAUCUGGCCCUCUCAUGAAUAUUUUUUUAACUGGUAACAAUCAAUAGCUUUUUUUUUUUUAUCUCAGCUUAAUAACCAUUUAAUUAUCUUAAACAGCCGGGGCACAACAACCAGCUGUUAUGCCUGAAGUGCAGUGGCGCCUCAGAAAACGGCAGAAAACUUGCACCAUAACUAAGAUUGAGAGGCGUGGUAGAAAAGUUAUAAUCUAUCAACAUUUAUCUUUCUCUGAACUAAGGAAGGGAUUGUGAGGAGAGGCCAUGGUGGUCAGAGAUAAGGAAGAAGAGGAGGAAGACUUGCAAAUCUAUCUACGUCUUUGUUUCUCUGUAUCAAGGGAGGAGUUGAAAGUUUGUCGAAGUAACGCACACGUUCCUGGGACCCACUCGCUCUCACCUCAUUCUCAUUUUAAUAAUCUCCGUGCUCAAAUCUAUAACUUUAUGUAGGAAUGUAGGGAACUGUGUGAACAACAAAAAAAAAAUAAUAAAUUGUAGACUGUCUGGAUUUUUGGUGUGAGUGCGUAUGAGAGUGUGAGUGUGUGUGUGUACGUACGUUUAGAAAGCUCCACAACAGCUCACAGCAAAAUCACAGCACUCUAAAAACCAGAAGUACUGUUAAUGACACUUUAAAAUGCUCCUAUCCUUGACAAACUCCGCAAUAACGUGUGAUGUAAAUAAACCAAAGAGGAGCAUCAAAUUUAUUCAGACUGGGAGGAGAUACGGCGAAGCGAGGCGGGACGAGGCGAGGCUAGGCUAGUAUAGUCAGUCAGUCAGUCAUUCUCUUGUCAGUGUAAAUACAAUGACCAAAAGGCAUUAAUUGAAUAGGAUCAUGAAUUUAUUGUUUUGGGGCAGGGAAAGGUGAUCACAUAUCCAAAUAAAGGUAUAUAAUAGUCACUAAGAUGUCUUGUUAUAAAUAUCCAAGAGAGAGAGAGAGAGAGAGUGAGAGAAACACCUAAUUAUCAGAAACAUUAAUUCGUUUAUGAAAAUUAUAUAUAUUACAUUUUUUUUAUAGAUUACUUGGUGUUUGUAAUUAAUGUGACUGAAAAUAGGAAAAUAAAAGUUAAUUAUCUGUAAAAUUAACGAGAAGAAACGUAAAUAGAAAAAAAUGAAAAAAAGAACGGGAAAAGAAGAAAAGAAGAAGAAAAACUAAGAAGACAAAGAUGAAAAUUAAAGAAAUAUGAGGGAAAGAAAAAAAUUAACUAAUAAGGAAAGACAGAAAGAAGUGCAGUGAAAUGAGAGAUAAGAAAUAAUAAUAACAAGACCAAUAGUAGAGAAAGAAAGAAAAACAGAGAAUAAUUAAAUCAGAGAAACUUAGGUGAGUGGAAGAAUGAAGAAGAAUGAAGGAAACAAAAGAAAACAGGAAAAACAAUAACAACAGAAUAUUUGUGUUAGUGAGAAAUAAAAAAAAAGAAAACAAGAAAAGAGAAAAAAAUAAAAGAAAAGACGUAACAAUAACAACAGAACAGGAAAAGAAGGAAAAUAACACCAACAGAAAAUUUUGUUAGUGAAGGAGUGAUUGAAAACCGGAAUAAAGAACAGGAAAAAAGAAAAAAAAAAAGAAAGAACAUAAAAUAAGAGAUAAAAGAGGAAAAAAGCAACAUAAACAAUUAAAAUAACAACAAAAUGUAGUAGUGAUGAAGAGACGAAAGUAAUAUCUAAAUAAUAAUGAUGAUGAUGAUAAUGAAGAAGGUGAUGAUGAUAGCGAUGUACUUAAAUGAUCCAAAAAGACAUAUGUAACUAUAAAAAUGUAAUUAAGACUCAUGUAAUGUAAUCAGGCUGUACUUAAAUGUGGCUGUGUGUGUGUGUGUGUUUGUGUGUGUGUGUGUAAGAACUGUUAAUUAGUCAAGAUAUAUAUUAAUCAUAACUUUGUAUGAGAGAGAGAGAGAGAGAGAGAGAGAGAGAGAGAGAGAGUGGAGCGUGCGAUCUAGUCAGUUACAUGUGUAUGUGCGUGUGUGCGUGCGUCAGUGACCAGGAUGAGGGACCUUUGAAAUUCUGUGAUGGGACGAAGAAGCAAGGACUAAACUAUUUUUUGGUAAUGUUGAUUUUGUACGCCCGAGAGAUUCCGAUGUAAAGAUUUUUUGAAAUAUACGAGAGAGAGAGAGAGAGAGAGAGAGAGAGAGAGAGAGAGAGAGAGAGAGAGAGAGAGAGAGAGAGAGAGAGUAUAUUAACCUCCUCUUCCACUAAUUCCUGAACCCCGAGAUGUGACGGACGGCGCGCGAGUGACGCAACGCAACACAACGCAACGCGACGCUAAUAAAUAAACGGAGAGAUGUUAAAACUGAUAUAAACCAUAAAAAAAAUAAUAAUAAUAAAUAAAAAAUCGCAAAAAAACAAAAACAAAACAAAAAAAGAUAUUAGUAGAUCAUUUUAACGACGUUUUACUAAUGUAUUCUGCAUUCUCUCUUCUUUAGUAUAUUUAUUUUUAGAUGCGCAACAUACUUCAAUUAUCGUACUACUACUACUACUACGUACAUACAUACAUACAUACAUACAUAUAGCGCAAUUAUUAUUAUUAUUAUUAUUAUUAUUAUUAUUAUUAUUAUUAUUAUUAUUAUUAUUAUUAUCAUCAAAGAAGACUAUCAAUAUAUGUAAUCUUUAUGACUAAUUAUUGUCCACACAUGAUGCACCUUCAUCUGUCAUAGUCAACAGUUAUGGGGAGAGCAAGGCUUGGGAUGGACCCGAUAGAAUUUCAUUAAUUAAAGAAAACGGGAACAGCAACAGUAAUAGUAUUGAUUGUUUUAAGGGAUUGGACAGGAGAAAAAAAUAAUAAAAUAAAUAAAUAAAUAAAUAAACAAGCCCCAGAUAGGGAAAAAAGUGGAAAUCUUUGGAGAAACUUGAUAAAAACUACGAUAACAGUACUUGUAUUGGUUACCGUAAGGGAAUGGACAGGAAAAAAAAAUAUAGGGAAAAAAGUGGAAAUCUUCGGAGACUUGAUAAAAUUUAGUUGCGAUAGAGGAAGUAAUAGUGGGAAAAAUGCAAAAGAUAUGAAGACGUUAAUAAAAAAAAUGAUAAUGAUGAUAGUAAUUGUAGUAAAAUUUAGGGCAGAGAGAGGAGCAGCAGGGAAAAUGGAAAUCUCCCGGAAAACUUAAAGGAACGUAGUAAAAAUAAGGUGAGGCUAAUAAUUGUAGUGAUGGUAAUGAUGGAUGGCUGCACUGACACCUGGAACAGAGGCAGCGACAGGGAAAAAAAUAAAAUAAAUAAAUAAAUAAAUAAAUAAAAUGGAAAUGUUUGCAGGAAGUUAACUUAGCAUAAUUUGAACCACGAAGAAUAGGGAAGGCAAGAAUGUUAAAUAGAAAAAAAAAAAAAAGGAAGAAGGAAAAAAAAUAAAAAUUAAACUAAAUGAGAAAUGAGAAAUAAGGAAAAAAAAAAAAAAAACUAAAUAAACUGCAGUGUGUCAAGAUUUUCCAAGAUAAUCUGAAUGUUUCCCUCCCAAGUGUUGUUGUUUCCUGCCUGACUCCUUCCCCCCACCCCCCUUCACCGCCUCACGCCACGUCAUCCUCCACCAGCACGUCAAAACAUGUUACAAGUUACCAGCAUUUCAUUUCAACUCAUCUCGUACAUAAAAAAUAAAAAUAUAUAUAUAUAUAUAGAAAAUAGUAUAAAAAAAAAAUCACUCAAAAAAUAAUGAAAAAAUAAUGUAUAGAUAUAUAUAUAUAUAUAAAUAAAUAAUGAUACUAUAUUGUAAUAAUUAAUGUGUUGACUUGUAAUUGAUUAAGGUUAUAAAUAUAUUGAUGAUGAUAAUGAUGAUGAUGCUUCUCUUAUAAAUGUUGUUGUAAUAGAAGGUUAUAAUGUUUAAUUGAAGCUUUUUAAUAACUGACGGUUGAUAGUGAUGAUAUAAAUGAAGGCCUUUCUUUGUUUUUUGUUAUGCAUUCAAAGCAAAUCAAAAAAAUAGAGAAUUAUUUUUUUUUCUGGUGUGUGUGUGUGUGUGUGUGUGUGUGUGUGUGUGUGUGUGUGAAAUGGAAAAAAACGGGCCUAGAAAAAGGAAAAAAAAAAUAUAUUACCUUGGGAUGUAUCGUGGGACUCAUCCGACCCCCCCCUCCCUCCUCCUCCUCCUCCUCCUCCUCCUCCCCCUCCUCCUCCUCCUCCUCUUUAGAUCUAUGAGAUGCCGUUUAAAAAAAGUUGACAAAGUGAUAAAAGCACAAAUAAUUAUAGAGGUUUUGCUUUGCCACGAUGAUAAAAGGCUGUCGAGGAAUUUUAAAUUGUAUUGAUGGUAAAAAAAAAAAGGAAAAAAAAAAUUAUAUUCGCUUCUAAAAGUCUCUAUUGAUUUAUUUCUCUUAUUUUUUUUCCUUUUCUUUUCAUUUAUUUUAUUAUUUUUUUCUUUAUUUUUCUCUUUUUUUGUUAUAUUUAGUUUUUUUCUUCUUUUCUUCUUUGUCGUGUAAUUUACAAUGCAUUUCUUCCUUUUCUUUCAUUCCUUCCUUCCAUCCUUCCCUUCUUUCUUAUAAAAUCUGCAAUAUCCUUUAUAUUCUUUAAAUUUCUUCCUUUUUUUCAUUCUAAUCCUUGAAACUUACUCCUUCUCUUUCUCUUUCUCACUGAACACCAUCUCAUUCAUUCUUCCUCCCUUUCUUCCUUUCUUUCUUCCUUCCCUCUCCUUCCUUCAGUUCCUUCUCUUCUCUCACACGGCGUUAAUGGUUAAACAAGCCGCCUCAGGUUACCAAUUGUCAACAUUCCACCCCCGAGCAGAUGACGGGAAACAGACACCGCCUUGUUAUAUCAGAGCAAAGCAAAAUUCAUGUUGUUAAUUCAUGAUAAUAUUUAGAGGGAAAACAUUUGUUCUUUGUCUGUAUGUCUGUGUGUCUGUGUGUGUGUGUACGUAUGUGUGUGAGGACGUUCAAGAUUCAAGGUUAUUCAUAUGUUCAUUUUAUUUGUUUAUUGUUCAUUAGUAGUAGUAGUAGUAGUGGUGGUAGUAGUAGUAGUAGUAGUAAUAGUAGUAGUAGUAUUUUUUUUCUAUGGUCAAAAAUUAGGUUAGGUCAGGUCAGGUCACAUGAGGUGUUAUCUAACCUAACGUGACCUGAUAUUAUUAUUAUUAUUAUUAUUAUUAUUAUUAUUAUUUUUAUUAUUAUUAUUAUUAUUAUUAUUAUUAUUAUUAUUAUUAUUACUAUUAUUGUUAUUACUAUUAUUGUUAUUAUUUGUUAUUGUUAAUAUAAUAAAAAAGUUUAUAUGUAUAUGAUGAGAGAGAGAGAGAGAGAGAGAGAGAGAGAGAGAGAGAGAGAGAGAGAGAGAGAGAGAGAGAGAGAGAGAGAGAGAGAGAGAAA